GUGACAGCGUACUAGGCGUAAAUUAGCGAUCACUUUGUUUUGUUUAUGUGACGAACGGUCAAGUGUUGGUGUUGUAUUUAUAGUAUUUGAGUAUUGUUUAAUGUAAUUCACAGAUCAAUGUGAAUCCCAGCAACUGUCCUGGCUGCAAGUCAAAGAAGAGGACGCCGUAAUCUUAUCAUCGCAUUGCCUGCCGACCACUGUCGAAACUUAUCAAAUAAGCAGAAAGAAACCAUCGUUAACACGCAGCUUUCUGGCCGCAAAGCAAAAGCCAGCGAGAAUAUGUCCAAUAUGCCAAGAUUGUCAGCGGCGCAGGAGCGCACAAGAGAAUGGUUGGAGGCACAGGAGGAGGACGAUGAAUUGGAAUCCAUUGCCGAAUCAUCUGUGGUCGACAGUUUGGACGAUUACAAAUAUAGUGAGCACACAUAUACCGAGCAAGAAGAUGACGACGAUGACGAUGAUGGCGAGGAAGUCAGCACAAUUGCGCUGGGCACACGAGAAGGCGAUAGCAGAGGCACCAUCAUCAGAGACACUUUGCGGGAUCUGCUGAAUUCGAUAAACAGUAUUCAGACCGUUGGCAAUGUGAACAUCAGCAAUUCGACCAACGUCCACAUUGGUAACGUGACCAACAUUAAUGGCAACAUACAGAUCAUUGCCGAAACGACCACAAACAGUGCAGCACGCUCCACACGCAAUACGCAUCGAGUGCGUCGCAAAGUCGCCUCCCCAGGUCCAGACAACGACGAGCAGCAUUCCUCAAAUGUGCCUGAUGAACUGGACGAGGCGGAGGAGCGCGUCAAUGCGAAUGUCUUCAUCUCGCGUCAGAAAUUCAAAAUUCCCAAAGAGCUGUGCUCCAUUGUGCCGCGUCAUUCGUGGCUGGCCCAGAUGCCCAUGGAGGAGCCAGCGAAGCUACAGCUACCUGUCAAAUACGUUGUAAUCUUACACACUGCCACCGAGAGCUCUGAGAAGCGAGCCAUCAAUGUGCGGCUAAUACGCGACAUUCAGUGCUUCCAUAUCGAGAGUCGUGGCUGGAAUGACAUUGCGUAUAAUUUCCUUAUCGGCUGCGAUGGCAAUAUUUACGAGGGUCGCGGCUGGCAAGCGGUUGGCGCUCACACCUUAGGCUACAAUCGGAUUGCAUUGGGCGUUAGUUUUGUGGGCUGUUUUAUGCGUGAGCUGCCCACACAGGAUGCCCUUAACAUGUGCCGCAAUCUGCUUGCCCGCGGUGUUGAGGAUGGUUACAUCGAUCCCGAUUAUCGAUUGAUUUGCCAUUGCCAGUGCAAUUCCACCGAGAGUCCAGGUCGCAUGUUGUUCGAGGAGAUACAAACAUGGCCGCAUUUCUAUAAUAUCGCUCAGGCGGAUGAUUCGUAGAAGAAACAGAGCAUGACUUAUAUUAUCUGGUGAUUGUCCUGGACAAACUAUACAACUAUUGGCUUUUAGUAUUUAAAUUUUGUGUGUUUUGUUAACAUUUAAAAGAAAAAGGAAAACAAAAAAUCGAGGAGAUAAAAAAUCCAUUAUUCGACAAGUAUUGUUUGA